AUGGUCUGCUGUGACGACUGUGGUCUGUGGUACCACUUCAAGUGCGUGGGUGUUGAUGAAGGAAUCGUGGAGAAGGAUUGGAGCUGUUCAGCAUGUGAAGCUAAAAGUGCAGUCCAGAACCCAUCGAUCAUCAUCACGGAACCUGUAUCGAGUGGAGAGGAUCAAACGUCGGAGAGCAAACAAAAGCAGAGCGAUCAACUCAAGGAGUUCCAAAAAAGAAUGGAUCAGAUGCGGGCUAGGUUCGAUAAUCAGCAGCAGGCGUACGAGAAAUUACUUCAAGAAAAGGAUCGCGAGAUGCAGCAUACGAUUGAAGAUUUGCAGUACCAAUUCCAGUAUCGUUUGGAGAAAAGGGAACAGCAAAUUCGAGAUGAGUUGAAUGUUCCUGUACCGAAUGCAAAUUCAACCGGUGUUCCUGUACCGAAUGCAAAUUCAACAACGCUGGGAGGUGAACAUCUUGCAGCUGGUGACAUGUGCAAAGCGUUCGAGCGGAUGGAAAGGCAGCUUGAAGAGAUGGCAAGAAAGCAGGAAAUCGAAACGAAGCGGCUUGCAGAACGUUUGAGGGUGAUGGAAACCAGCGUAAGAGAACCGGUCCGAACAAGGAAUGAUGACUUUAACGAGACUCAUGAACUCAGCAGGAGUCAACUCGCCGCGCGGCACGCAGUGGCUAAGGAACUACCCACUUUCUCGGGCCACCCGGAAGAGUGGCCUUUAUUCAUCGCCACUUAUGAGAGUACCACCAGAAUGUGCGGUUUCAGUGAGGAGGAAAACCUACUUCGCCUCCAGCGUAGCUUGAGGGGGAAAGCUCUUGAAGCAGUGCGGAGUCGUUUGUUGUAUCCAGCAGGGCUCGAAGGCGUUAUCAACACGCUACGUACGUUGUUUGGCCGGCCAGAAGUAAUCGUCCACUCGCUAGUCUGCAAGAUUCGGGAAAUGCCAGCACCGAAGACGGAGAAGUUAGGAACUCUGAUCGAUUUUGGUGUUGCAGUCCAGAAUAUGUGCGCGACGAUCGUAGCCUGUGGAUUGAACGAGCAUCUAUGUAACGUGGCACUCCUGCAAGAACUUGUUGAGAGACUGCCACCAACUGUGAAGCUCGACUGGGCAAGGCAUCGUCAAACACUGACAGCGGUCACAUUAUCGGACUUCAGUACAUGGUUGGGUACGCUCGUGGAAGCAGCAUGCGUUGUAACGGUUCCGUCGACGAUCGGCACGUACAUUGGUAAACCUGAGAAGCGUGGUCGAAAGGUGCAUGUCGAGUCAAGCCAUAGUUCAGCAUCUAGCUACAGUCCAGCAUCAUCAAGCUCAGUGGAUCUUCAGAGGGCUACUCCAAAGCCAGUCAACAAGCAGUUCAUUAUCUGCCAGGGAAGAUGCAGCAGUGUAGGAUCGUGUAAGAAGUUUCAAGAACUGGACGUCGGAGCACGAUGGGAAGCGCUGAAGCAGAACAAAUUGUGCCGGAAGUGUUUGACGAAGCAUUUCGGAGCGUGUGUGGUAAAGCAAGCUUGCGGAAGGAAUGGUUGUGCAUACAUGCAUAAUCGGCUGCUACACGAUGAUUCCAGAUACCAGCGAACGGAGAAUCCUCGAACGCUGAUUCCACCGACCGGUGCAGAAACAACGACCGAAACCUGUAACACUCACGUCAGCAAUAUUAACAAGGUUCUCUUCCGAUACGUUCCAGUGCUCCUUCACGGACGAGGAAAGUCUGUACGCGUAUUUGCCUUUUUGGACGACGGUUCAUCGGUGACGUUGAUGGAACACAGUUUGCUUAGGGAACUGGAUCUUGAAGGUGAAUCGUAUCCCUUGUGUCUAAGCUGGACAGCAGAUCAUCAACGCCAGGAAAUGGACUCCGUGAUGCUUGCGUUAGAGAUUUCUGGAGUGCAUGAUGCGAAUACGCACUGGAUUCCAAAAGUUCACACCGUGGAUGAUUUAGCUCUACCGCGGCAAACACUUACGAUGGAAGAAUUAGCGCGGAACUAUCACCAUUUGGAAGGCCUGCCGGUUGAUGCCUAUCGUAACGUCCGACCGCGGAUGCUCAUUGGAAUGGAUAACUACCGCUUGGGUCAUGCGCUGGACAGCAGGGAAGGACGUAAGGAGGAAUCGAUCGCUACAAGAACACGCUUGGGCUGGAUAGUGUUCGGACCUUGCUCUUUAGGAUCCCAACCAGCGACGAACUUCACAGCACAUCACAGCUUCCACGUGUGCCCAUGUUGCGAGCGGAGUGACGCAGAGCUCCAUAAUGCGGUUAAAGCUUACUUUUCUCUGGACAGUAUUGGAGUAACGAGCCCUGUGAAACCACUUUUAUCGAAAGACGAUGAACGAGCGGAACAGUUGCUGAAGUCCAUGACCCAAUUGAAGGAAAGGCGGUAUGAAACAGGGUUACUUUGGCGGUACGAUGAUGUUCGACUGCCGGAUAGCAAGCCGAUGGCGAUGAGACGUCUGAUUUGCUUAGAAAAGAGAAUGCAACGUGACCCUAAACUAGCUGAAGCAUUGAAGGAGAAAAUACGGGAUUACGAGCGAAUCGGGUACAUCGAGAAGCUGACGGAUAACCAACUCGCCGAGAAAUUCACACGCGUCUGGUACCUUCCAAUAUUUCCUGUGGUUAACCCAAAUAAACCGGGGAAGAUGCGUAUUGUUUGGGACGCCGCCGCAAAGGUAGCGGGAGUAUCGCUGAAUUCAUACCUGCUUACUGGACCGGAUCUACUCACUUGUCUUGUAUCCGUCCUACACCGUUUCCGGGAAUACCGAAUUGCCAUUACGGGUGACAUUCGAGAAAUGUUCCUUCAGGUGUUGAUGAACUGGCUCGAUCAACAAUGCCUAAGAUUCCUAUGGCGGAACGGAGAACGAAACCGUAGUCCAGAUGUUUAUGUGAUGAAAGUAAUGGCAUUCGGAGCAACGUGUUCACCAAGCUGUGCGCAGUAUGUAAAGAACCACAAUGCGCAACGGUUCCAGGAUCAGUUUCCAAGGGCAGCUGAAGCGAUAGUGAAACAACAUUACGUUGAUGAUAUGCUCUCUAGUGUCGAGACGGAACAAGAGGCGAUAAAGCUAGCGAAAGAUGUCCGGUUUGUUCACGCACAGGCAGGGUUCGAAAUACGGAAUUGGUUGUCGAACUCAAGUCGAGUGCUGCGAGAACUAGAAGCAAUGCCUGGAGAGAAAAGCCUUAGUAUGCCGAGCGAGAUGGGAACGGAAAAAGUCCUUGGCUUGUGGUGGUGCACUGCUACCGAUACCUUUACCUUCAAAUUAUCGUCGAGGAUUAACGCCGAGUUACUUCAGGGUCUCAUCGUACCAACAAAAAGGCAGAUCCUAAGUACACUGAUGAUGAUCUACGACCCUCUAGGACUACUCGCGCACUUCCUAAUGUUCCUGAAAAUACUACUUCAGGAAAUUUGGCGUAGCGGUGUUAAUUGGGACGAUCCUAUCAAGAACGAGCAGUGGGAGAAAUGGCAGACGUGGUUACGAGUUCUUCCGCAAGUGGAGACUGUCAGCGUGCCUAGAUGUUACCGGAUGAAGACGAGCACAGGCGAACGGAAUGUGAUUCAGCUCCAUGUGUUCGUGGAUGCAUCUGAAAACGGGUUUGCUGCAGUUGCCUACCUGCUAUUUGAAGAAGAUGGCGUAGUGGAAUGUGCGCUUGUCGGAGCGAAGACACGGGUAGCUCCAUUGCGAUUCGUGUCAAUUCCCAGACUAGAACUUCAGGCAGCCGUAAUCGGAGCCCGCUUGGCGAACGACAUUCUAGAGUCACAAAAGCUGAAACCUACAGAACGUUUCUUUUGGUCAGAUUCACGCGACGUUCUUUGCUGGCUGAACUCAGAUCACCGCAAAUAUAGCCAAUUCAUAGCGGUGCGAAUAAGCGAGAUGUUGGAAUUGACAGAACCAAAAGAAUGGAACUGGAUCCCAUCAAAGCUGAAUGUUGCUGACGAUGCCACGAAAUGGCAGAGGCUACCGGAUCUUUCGCCUGCAAGUCGUUGGUACCGUGGUCCUGAAUUCCUCUGGGGAUUGAGAGAGCAAUGGCCAGUUGCUAUGUCGAGAUUCGAUAGCACCGCGGAAGAAAAGCGUCCGCAUGUACUACACCACUCCGUCGAACGUGCGCUAUUCAGGUGGGAAGACUUUUCCAGAUGGAAACGUUUGCUGCGCCAUGUGGCCUUCGUAAAGCGAUAUCCAUCGAAUCUACGCAAAAGACUAUCGAAGGAGCCUAUUGUCACCGGUCCGCUAACUCAAGAGGAGCUGAGAGUGGCGGAACUGUUGAUUCUGAAGUCAGUGCAAAAUGCUGAGUUCACCGCGGAAAUAGCCCAGUUGAUGAAACCAAAUCCAGAGCCAUGGAAGAACGCAUUAUCUAGAAAUAGUCCACUGUAUGGACUUAGUCCGUUUCUGGAUGAAAGUGGACUGCUACGAAUGAAGGGCCGCAUAGACGCUUGCGAAAGUGUGGACGAGUGUACGAAGCGCCCGAUAUUGUUGCCAAAGCGUCAUCCAGUUACAGACCUUGUUAUAGCCAGUAUUCACCAGCAGUUCUGUCACAUGAACCACCAGACUACGCUCAACCAAAUCAGACGUAGAUUCUACGUACCUCAGCUACGAUCGACAUACAAUCGUGUGCGAUCACAAUGUCAGCACUGCAAGAAUCGCCAGGCAAAGCCAAUAGCCCCAGAAAUGGCCGCUCUACCCCCCACGCGUCUGAAAGCAUUCUGUCGUCCCUUCUCCUAUGUCGGUAUCGACUAUUUCGGUCCAAUGUCCGUAGUCAUCGGUCGGAGAACCGAAAAAAGAUGGGGUGUAUUGAUCACCUGCCUCACUGUGCGAGCAAUACAUCUCGAGGUUGCCCACAGCCUCACAACAGAUUCGUGCAUCCUCGCCAUCCGAAACUUCAUCGCCAGGAGAGGUACCCCUCUGGAAAUAGUUAGCGAUCGCGGCACCAACUUCAUCGGAGCCAGUCGAGAACUAAAGGAAACGCUGCAGCAAGUUAACCAGGACAAGCUGAUGGAACAUUUUGUUACCACUGACACCAAAUGGUCAUUCAAUCCACCUGCUUCUCCACACUUCGGCGGAGCCUGGGAACGCCUCGUACAAUCUGUCAAGAAGGCCCUGAAGCACCUCCAACUCACACGCACACCCACUGAUGAGCUACUAAAGAACAUGUUAGCCGAAAUCGAACUAAUCGUCAAUUCUCGGCCGUUAACUGAAUUACCGCUAGACGAUGAGCUGUCUUCACCGCUUACCCCGAAUCAUUUCUUACUCGGGUCAUCAGACGGUUCAAAGCCCCCGAUCGCAUUCGAUGACUGUAACUACACGCUGAAGCACACCUGGAAGAUGUCGCAGGUCUACGCAAACAGAUUUUGGCGACGCUGGGUCACUGAAUAUCUGCCAACCCUCACGCGUAGGACGAAGUGGUAUCAUCGCGUCAAACCAGUCGGGGAGGGAGACAUUGUCGUCGUCGUGGACGAAACGCUGCCGAGGAACUGCUGGCCGAAAGGUCGGGUGGUCCAUGCAAUCCGGUCCAAGGAUGGACAGGUCCGUCGUGCUCUGGUGCAGACAGCGACUGGAGUUCUAGAGAGACCAGCCGUGAAAAUCGCAGUGUUGGACGUCGGUGCAACCGUGAGUACGUCGGACCAAUGA